AUGACUCCUCCCGAACAGCACGAGAGCCAAAACAUACAGGCAGGAUGGCAACAAGUCGAUUUCGUACCUGGAAAUCCGCCAGCCCAUCCGCACAUGGAGCCCGAAGUACGAUCCAAUCACGGUCCGGAACAAGGUGGUCACAAUGAAGACAUACCAUACCCUAGUAGUGGCUCUCAGAAGAGAGAUACCGACCUGGGUAGCACUGGGUCUCCUGUGAUUGAUAUCCAAUUCGAGGUCAACGGGUCUGAAAGCGUUAUGUGCCAUAGUCCUGAUACCCAACGGCCUGGGCGCGAACAGGAGAACCUCGUAUCUCGUGUUACUGAUACUCGAGAUGUUGAUAUCCAGUUUGGAACGCAAGCAAGUGGCACUUCAACGCCCGUCGGCCUACUCUCUCCAGCUUCUGAGAAACUCCUCCAGAAUGUCAACACAAAUGUCUCUAUUAUAGCACCAGCUACGAGCUCUCCAUUUAUCCAGCCUUUCAGUCGCCCCAAGGACAUAGUUGAGGAUAUCGGCUCCAGCUUCAAAUAUGCCAGAAUCGGUAGCGCAUCGUAUCCGGGUAAGACGACUAGUUCCAAGACCGAUCCAAAGACUUCGGAUAUACCCAAGCCACCACCGGCCAUUGAAUCAAUGUCAAGGACUGCACAGCUUAAGGAUAAUCCCUCCUUGCCCUCGAGGUCUGCGGGCAAUAAGAACCACAACGAGACUUCCGAUAGUUACCAGCCUCUGAUAUCUCUGGGGGCAUCAGUGCCUGGAGAUAAUCACCGUCUACGGGUUCUUUCCCAUUCCCCACAAGAUUCACAAGCUACUGUCAAUGAAACCCGAGAUGAGUCGUACCAAGCUCCUACUUACCAGGAAGAAUCUAUUGCAACUGGAAGAAUAGCUAUGGAAUACCACAGUCAAGAUAUUGCUCCUAAAAAGUUUCUGCCAAACCAUCCCUUUGUGGUCUUGCCAGCCGAAGACACUCGCAACUCCCCAUCCGUUGCGUUAUUAGAACAAUCACUUGCGAGAAUGAACUGCAGAAUAUCUCGAGAUCCGCAAGACAUCGCCAUACCAGAUAGAAUAUCUCGAAGUUCACGAGGGCCUCAGAGAAGCGGAUCUAGCAGCAUCAGGCGGAUAAAGCAACCAUUCCCAGAAGUGGCAAAAAAUAGGACUAAUUUUUCGCAACAUGACACACCGGUAUUAUAUCCUGAUCAUAAUCAACGUGGAAAUCAUCCUCAACAGUCAAACACGGUUCUCGAUCUUCCAUUCUUCGACGCCGCUUCAAACAAAGCCCAAUCAAUGACUGAAUUAUCAAGGGAUGAGGAUACCACACUGCAUGUUAAGACGGUAGCAGAAGGUCAAGACAAUUUGAAUUUGCGGUCGCCAACUGGUGGCUCGCUCAAACAAAGCUUCACUCCUUCGACUGAGCCGUUACGAGGAGUUGGAAAUUUUUCUCUCUCUGAUGAAACUUCUCAUUCAAACGUCGAUCCAAAUUCCAUUAAAGAGCCAGUUGAAACCAAUGAGGCGACUAACGACUGUGCACCCUGCGAGGUAGUUCCAGAUGUUCAAAAAAUCGAGAGAGGCGAUCACAACAAAGAGAUCAUUUAUAUUACCAGAUCACAACAAAAGGAGCAAUUAGGUCUUUUCAGAAUUGAUGGCACGACAGCUGCCGAUCAUGUUGAUGCUCGUGGGACCCAUUCAGACAGCCAAGAUGCCAUAACUGAAAGCUCGGUGCAAAUGCAGCCAGGUAGCUGGCCACCAAUGUUUCACUCUCGGCCCCAAUCUCGAGACAGAAAUCAUAAAAAGAACAAUCCAGCAGAAGGAGCCCACUUUCGGCAGCACUCAGAGUCUUCUGCUUUGCAGUUCAUCAAUAAUACCAAGGUCAAGAAACCGAAAUUCGGACAGAACCAGAGAGAACAAGGGCGGAAGCCCAACUCGUCACCUAUUCAGAAAUCGCAAGGACUUUCAAAAGCGGCGGAGACAUAUCAAAAUUUCCUCAAGUAUGGCCAAGAAUUCGAAGAUAUGUUGAAAGACUACCAGUCUUCAAAAGAGAUCGUCGAAUCUCAAAAGUCAGAACUGGAAAAACUGAAAACAUCUAAUGCCGAAUCUUUGCAGCAGAUCCGAGAUCUAAAGGAGGAGAAGGUUAUUCUAACGAGAAAGAUUAAAAGAAUCGAGCAACUUGCUGCCAACUACAAAGACCAUAUGAAUGAUGUUGUGGAAAUGCAAAAAAAGUUGAGAAAGGACUAUCAACAGAUCCAAAAAGCAGAGACCGAUGUCAAAAUAAUUCAAGAAGCUCACGUCACUCGAGAGGCACAUAUAAAAAGGCUUGAAUAUCUGUUGCAAGAGGUCAAAGAAUUUCGAGCCCCUACUGAGAAACUGCUUGCCGUUCAAAAGGCAAAUGGAGAGCUCCUAAAAAUGGUUGAGGAUUCAUCUAGAAACCAGGAAUUGCUCCAGAACGAUCUCGAUCGGAGAGUGAUCGAGUUAGGGCGCGAACGCCAUAAUGCUGAGCAGCUUCAAAAGCAACUCGAUGCACAAAAUGAGGCACGUAAAGAGCUUCUCGAGCUUUUGAAGAGCACAAAGUCUGGCAUCAUCGAUGAGCUCACCAAAGAUGGUGGACUACUAGCAAGAAUUCUGAAUUCUGGAAACUCAACACGAGUAAAGGUUGACGAACUUUCAAGUCUCUUCAGUACCAUGAAGAGCCAUGCGCAGGAUAUUCAACCCACGCUGGCCAAGCUCAUUGAAAAUCUCUACACCAGAAUCGAGUUCAAGCUGCAAUCCGCAGAUGACAAUGACGCCUUUUUACGCGAAUCUGACUUGAAGAUUUUUGAGGGUAUGAAAGAAAGACUUAACCAGUUUUGUCUUGAUCAGGAGGCUCGAGGUCAACUCAACGAUCGCAUCGCAGACCUUCGGGAGGCAAAUGCAGGUUUAAGCGCAGAUUUGAAUUCUCGGAAGGCCGAAUCCGACGGCAUGGUAACGCAAAUUGUUGAGCUUAAGUCGGAACUAGCCAGCUUUCGUAACCAGCUCAGCACAAAGUCUGACGAGCUCGCUGCAGCUCUUGCUCUACCAAAAGACGACCUUCAGCUUAAAAGCAAGCUGCAUGACCUGGAAAGUGCAAACACAGUUCUUCAGAGUCAGGUUGAUAUUGCGACUCAAGAAGCAGCUACAGCGAAGGAAGAGCUGCACUCACUACGAGAGACAUCAUUCAGGACCGAAAAACAGCUUCAAGAACUUGAGAAUAGAUUAAGUGAUGCUCAAAAUUCUAUCGAGACACUUGCAGAAGAGAAAGAAAAAUACCUAGCCAAUUCUAAACUUGACAUUGAAAAGGCACGUCAAGAUGUUGCCAAAGCUGCUAAUGCUGCUAAAAGCGAAAUGAUCAUGCGUCAUGAAUCUCUUGUGAAGAACCUAGAGCAGAGAAGAACUGAGGCAGAGACACAGAUGAAGCUUAUGAGGGAGGAGUUACGGGGCCUUCAAGAUGAGAGAGCUAGCCAUAUUAACAGGGCUAGCAAUGUCCAGGCUGAAUUAUCCACGUUCAAGGAGAAAUGCAACAAUCAAUACGAUCAAAUCAAUCACUUGGAACUGAGGAGAAUAACCCGAGAGGAAUUUGAGCGGCAAGAGGCAUCCCUAGAAUCUACUAGGAGCGAGAUCACUGAGCUUCGAAUGCUCCUCGAAGACGUACAAAACGAUACCACCCAACAUCUGAGCGCUGCUCUUCAGACUCCGAAAGAGAUUAGGAGCCAUCUAGACGAUCUGAUGAGAGAAAAUGAGACGUUGAAAGAGCAGAACGUCAGUCUGCAAAAGAAGUAUGAUGCCCUGAGUGAACCCAGUGCUCGACUUACGGGGGGAAAGACUUUCCCUGGCCAACAUGAUGAGCAGGCAGUUAUACUGCAAACUUCCAAAGGGACAGGACCGCCCGACUGGGAUAGUGAACAGUCCUUCUCGGACUACUUCAAUUUGGAGGGGAUUUAUACGACGUUCAUGGAUAAUCAAAUCCCUCGACUUCACCAUCCGGAGCCCCCACAUGAAGUACCAGAGAAUGGACCUGAUGGAAGAUUUUCAACUGCGGUAAAUACAGGGCCUGGCCAAACCCCUGUAACGUUGAAUGCUGCUGGUGCAGCUAAUCCGACGUCUAGCACCACCAGAGCUAGCAAGACAUCAAGUACCGAUGUCGCUGCGGUUGAUGAAUUAGGAUUUGAAUCGAAUGUUCCCUCGAGGCGUCAGCUGCUUCUCAAGCCAUUGAAAGUCGCCAAUCGAAAAGCCAGUAAUCCAGCUCAGCAAUCCAAUUCUAGAGAACGAGUUUCAAAAUAUAAUUACCAACAGUCAACACUAACUCGGACCUCUCGUACGACUGAAGAGACCACUAUCAAAAUCCGAACACCUACGAAUGAAAUCAUACCAUUUUCGUCUUUUACUCCUAUCGAGCCAUACUCUUCAAGUUCGUUGACUGAUGUUUCGCCGGUGAUUAAUCAGUUGGACUCUCUGAACAGCCAGGAAGGCCUUCGAAAGGCAUAUGCAGUAAAUAGAAGCAAUAAACGAAGCGGAUCCCGAAUUGAAAAUAUCAACGCCGCAAAGAAUUCUGGUCUGCAAACUUGCCCAGCCAACACUGUGUCGGGGCUUGUUCGGAACCAAGAUGCCCCAAGCUGUCAGUUAUCUGAUGAAGACAAUGCGUGGGUAGAUGUCACGAGACAGACCACCGAAACGACAUCUGUAGCCGGAGAUUCCCAAAAAGAGCCAAUGCCUCGAAAGAGACCAGUAUUUCGAAAGGGCCUAAUGCCACUCAAAAGUGCCCUAAAAAAGCCGGAUCCUAAGAAGGUCUCGAAUACAAGCAACGUCCUCGGGGAUCCUGCCUAUAAUCCUUCAACAACCGCCAAACCUGCCCCUCUACUGCACGGUGUACCAUCAGGACGGGGAGUUAACAAGAAGUCGAUGACAAGACCUGAAGUGAGGUACAACCGUGUCGUGAGUGGCCAAGCUCCGAAAUACAGCGAUGGCAAGGCUCCCUCUGGAAAUUUCCGUGGACAGACUGCAGCACAGCAUCCGUCUCAAGCCCAACAGACCAGCCAUUAUUCCCAGAAAUCUCCUCUGAUGCCAGUUCCGAAGCGGAAUGACCGGAAGAGAGUCGCUUCCCCUUCCCUUGAAGACGGAGAAUGUCUAAAGCCGACCAAAGCACCUCGACUAUCCUUGUUUCCCAAGAUAUCAAAGUCAGUUAUUCCGAACUCGCAAGCAGUGAUUCCAGAUUCGCAGGAAGUUAUCGUAGAACGCUACCACUACUAA